AAACGCCUGGACAUGAUGCACUCCAGCAGGCGCAGCCUCCCCUUCCCCCUGAACUGUCAGCUUGUGAGGGUUGGAACUGCUGAUUAUGGAGGUGGCUCCGAUCAGAGUGACCAGCAGCUGGACUGUGCCUUGGACUUGAUGAGGCGCCUGCCUCCACAGCAAAUCGAGAAAAACCUCAGCGACCUGAUCGACCUGGUCCCCAGUCUGUGUGAAGAUCUCCUGUCUUCCGUUGACCAGCCCCUGAAAAUCGCCAGAGACAAGGUGGUGGGAAAGGAUUACCUUUUGUGUGACUACAACAGAGACGGGGACUCGUACAGGUCACCAUGGAGUAACAAGUACGACCCUCCUUUGGAAGACGGGGCCAUGCCUUCUGCGCGGCUGAGGAAGCUGGAGGUGGAAGCCAACAACGCCUUCGACCAGUACCGAGACCUGUACUUUGAAGGCGGCGUCUCCUCUGUCUACCUCUGGGAUCUGGAUCACGGCUUUGCUGGAGUGAUCCUCAUAAAGAAGGCUGGAGAUGGAUCAAAGAAGAUCAAGGGCUGCUGGGACUCCAUCCACGUGGUGGAGGUGCAGGAGAAGUCCAGUGGUCGCACCGCCCAUUACAAGCUGACCUCCACGGUGAUGCUGUGGCUGCAGACCAACAAGUCUGGCUCCGGCACCAUGAACCUCGGAGGCAGCCUCACCAGACAGAUGGAGAAAGACGAGACCGUGAGCGACUGCUCCCCACACAUAGCCAAUAUCGGGCGCCUGGUGGAGGACAUGGAAAAUAAAAUCAGAAGUACGCUGAACGAGAUCUACUUUGGGAAAACAAAGGACAUCGUCAAUGGGCUGAGGUCUGUGCAGACUUUCGCAGACAAAUCAAAGCAAGAAGCUCUUAAGAACGACCUGGUGGAGGCCUUGAAGAGAAAGCAGCAGUGUUGAAGCCCUGCUCCACGCUAACUGGACACGCCACGCGCUCGUUAGACCCCUUUCUUAGAAACCUCGUCUUCUGCCCCCCGCCCCCGCCCCCGCCCAGGUCACGGAUCAGCGGCAUCGCCGACCGCGCAGCGCCAUCGCUCCCCAGAAUAAAGCCCAGUAAACUCCCUCCUGUCUCCGAGGCCUACUUCCUGCCACGUUUUGCUAUCAAAACUCUCCAUAUCUCCACAGAGACCGUGCGUUUUUUGUUUGCCCCCCCCCCGACCCCCCGUCUGCCUCCCUCCCAUUUAUAGGCAUAAAAUACAGUCUGUCUGCCUCCCCUUCCCUCCCACCUUUUUGUUACAUUGGUGUAAAAAAUGUAAAACAAAAAAAUUUUAUGAACUAA